AUGACGUCCUUCAUGAAAGAGUUUGAACAUCUUAAACUCCAACUCGAUGAGAUAAGACAAGCCACCAAUAGUUAUGACAAGAGCAGAGUUAUUGGAGGUGGUGGAUUUGGCGCCGUGUAUAAAGGAGAAGUAUCUCACUCUUUGGGGCGAAGCACUGUUGCUAUUAAGCGUCUAAAUCGUCAAUAUGGACAAGGAGACCGUGAAUUCUUGAAAGAGAUCAUGAUGCUCUGUCGACACUCACAUCCAAAUCUUGUCUCUCUUCGAGGAUACUGUGAUGAGGAAAAAGAGAAAGUCUUGGUAUAUGAAUUUGCAUCAAAGGGAAGUCUUGAUAAGCACUUGAGUGAUCCUAGUCUUACAUGGCUAGAACGUAUCAAGAUAUGCUUGGGGGCUGCGAAGGGACUUUGUUACCUUCACGAUCCUAAGGGAAGACACGAACGAGUUAUUCAUUGUGACAUUAAAAGUGCUAAUAUUCUUCUCGAUGAGAAUAUGACUGCUAAAGUUGCUGAUUUUGGGCUAUCCAAAAUGGGCCCGGCUAAUCAGCAGUACUCACUUCUUGUCACCAAUGCCCAGGGUACCCUAGGGUAUUGUGACCCAGUAUUUAUGAGCACGUACACCCUAACGAAAGAGUCAGAUGUAUACUCUUUUGGGGUCGUCUUAUUUGAAGUUCUCUGUGGGAAAUUAUGCUAUGAAUAUAGCAAUGGUCAGCUUAAGAAGGUUUUGGUGGAUACGUGGAGAAAAAAGUACUCAGAGGAAAAGUUAUAUGAUAUUGUGUUUCUUGAUCUGAAGCUACAAAUGAACCCAAAAUCUUUGAGGUUUUUCUCAGAUGUUGCAUUUAAAUGUUUGCACAAUUCUCGUGAAGACCGGCCUACUAUGUCUAUUGUUGUGGAAGAAUUAGAGAAAGCACUUCAAUCUCAGCUGAUAUAUGAUCUAGAAGGACCACAAUGCUACAACGAGAUUCCUCUUUCGAAGUUUACAUCUACUGUUAUCGUUGUGGAAGAAUUAGAUAAAGCACUUGAAUCUCAGGUGACAUAUGAUCUAAAAGGACCACCAUCCCUCGAUGAUAUUGAGAUUCCUUCUUCGAAUUUUACAUCUAUACACGACUACUACGCCUACAAAGAAAACCUUAAGCGAGAACGGAUCUCCUCGCAAUAA